GAUUCACUCACCUGUGUUUAAGGCCAUGUUUACAGAUGACUUCCAGGAAAAAAGACUUAAAAGAGAUCCCACUUGAAACCAGAAACUACGAUGCCAUGGUAAAUCUCUUGGAGCAAAUCUACCCUGGGCGAGGAUUUGAGUUAAUGAAAGACAACACCAUUGAGGACCUCCUUGAGCUGGCAGAUAAAUAUCAAGUAGAACAGGUGUUUACAAACUGUAAGGCGUACAUUGAAAUGAUGAUGGAAUAUCAACCCCCCAUUAACAAAACUCUAUUGUAUCUCAAGAUAGUGGAACAGUAUGGCCACUGCAAGCAACUACAUUCAUUGAGAGAGAGACUGGUUAAGAGUGCAAGUCUCAUACCAUCCAAUAGGAUAAAAAGGAGUAGGCACUACUCUUCUCUGCCUCCUACAGCCCAGAGAGAUGUUUUCUUCCGUCGUCUUCAGGAGCUGGAAAAAAUAACGUGAAAUCGUGAAAGAUUUAAUUAAAACACAGUAAGAAACUUACCAUUUAUAACCUCUUAUUUGUGUUUAUAUCAACCUUACUAGUGUUUAUAUUUACAUUUCUUACACUGUAACUGCAUUCACACAUUCAACUAGAACUGAUUCUGUGUGAUUUUCUAAUAAGCUUCCCUUUUGUAUAUUUUUGAUAUAAAUAUUUCACUACAGUGUUGAGUGCAUACUGGCAAAAACUGAU